CUCAAGCUGCAGUCGCCCCCCCUCGCUUUGGCAGGGGCCCGUCGCCCAGGGUCGCCAUGCGAAGUCCAUGACGAACUGCCAGUGCGCCUGGGCCGUAGCAUGGCGGACGCAGACCAGGCUCGGGACGCCCGGCCACCAUGGUGCGACAGUCAGCAGGCCUCAGAGGCGGGGGCUGCGGAGGCCGCCUUGCCGGACGUCGGCUGCAGCGAGGUCAAAGUAGAUGGCACCGUCUUCUCGGUCCCCAGCUCCAUGCGUUUCCUACGCGUGCUGGGAAAGGGGACGUACGGCACCGUGGCUGCUUUUCAAGACACUGUGGCCGGAGAUGAAGUUGCGAUUAAGAAGAUAUUGAAUCCUUUCAAGAAUCCCAUUGACGGCAAGCGCUGCCUGCGGGAGAUCAAGUUGUUAAAGUGCCUGGAGCACGACAGCAUCGUAGCGUUUCGGGACCUGUUGCCGCCAUUGUCGCCUGAUUAUAAAGAGGUGUAUUUGGUCACGGAGUUGGCCGACGCAGAUUUACACACGGUCAUCUGUUCGGAUCAGUCGUUGAGUGAGGACCACAUUCAGUUUUUCAUCUACAACAUUCUUAGGGCUCUGCGGUACAUGCACUCCGCAAACGUGGUCCACAGGGAUCUCAAGCCGCUGAACGUGUUGGUCAAUAAGAACUGCGACGUGAAGCUUUGCGACUUCGGGCUUGCUCGUGGCAGGGCAGGCUUCUCCCAGGAGGACGACGACUACCUGCGCACGGAGUAUGUUGGCACCCGUUGGUACCGUGCCCCCGAGGUUGUAUUGACUUCAAUGGAGUACACCGCCGCCGUGGACAUUUGGAGCGCGGGGUGCAUACUGGGGGAGUUGAUUGGCGGGACGCCGAUGUUCAGAGGCACAGAUUUCUUGGACCAGAUCCGAUCCAUCAUCGAGGUGAUGGGCACGCCAACAGAGGAGGAGUUGUCCUUCAUUCCACCCGAGAACGAGGCCGCAAGGAAGUUCAUCAAGACGCGGUUUCCCGACGUUGCUAGGAAAGAUUGGCCAGCCCUGUACCCAAAGGCAAGCGCGCCGCAGUGCGACCUGCUGGAUAAGAUGCUCAGAUUCGACCCCAAAUGUCGCGUCACGGCGCUGGAGGCGCUCCAGCACGAGUACCUGGAGGACAGCUGGUGCGAGGAGGACGACGUGGUUGCCACACACUAUGUCGACUGGGCCUUCGACGACGACCCCUUCGAACCUGGACGGCUGCAGUGCCUCAUCUACGGGGAGGUUGCAGCGCUGCAUCCCGAGAUCGUGGAGCGAGACCGAGAGGCGCUGCAGGCCAAGGGCUGGCUGUCGACACUGGAGGCGUUGCUGCCCACCCUCGGGGCCCCACCUGCCGCACCGUGACUGCCGCCAACCGCGCUUUCCACAGCGUCUUCGCGCAGAGGCGCUCUUCUCGAAGAAGAACAGUUGAACAACAACAUCAUAUCCAGGCGAAGGGCCCAACCAUGUGCAGUUGUGCGUAUCGCCGUUUUGGGCAUCGCUGUGGGUGGAUCUCUUUUGGGGGCCGCGAAGCGUGUAAA